GCGUUUCAAACGCUGUCUCUCUGGUGUCGUUCAUAACUUUCUUUCACCAUUUUCUUGAGAAAGUCAGAGAAAAAAAAAAACAGGAGAGAAAAAAAACGUGGGUGUGGUGAAUUUGGUGCUGUAGAGAGGCUUUUUGAUCAAGAAAAGAUCAAUUUGCUGUAUGUCAGAAGUGGAAUAUUACUAUUACAGCGACAAGUACAACGGCGGUUACGGUGAGCUCGCGAACCCAUUACAAUGGCCUCAGCUCCGGAAAAAGCGACGCCUCCUCCUAUUCCUCUCCUUGGAAAAGCUUCCGCUGAUGUCUUGAAAGAUUGGAGCUCCACCGCCGACAAUCCCGACGACGCUCAGGUCCACCGGAAAAGAGCUGCUGCUGCUGCUUCCAUGGCGACCUUGAUUGAUUCCAUUCCUCAACCCUCCUCAAAUCCCACUGCAACCAAAGGACUUCCAAGCAUGUUGAGGGCUCAAACCCGGCAUCCUUUGGACCCUUUAACAGCUGCUGAAAUAUCAGUGGCUGUGGCAACUGUCAGAGCUGCUGGAGCAACUCCCGAGGUGAGAGACAGCAUGCGUUUCAUUGAGGUGGUUUUGUUGGAACCAGAUAAAAAUGUUGUUGCAUUAGCGGAUGCGUAUUUUUUUCCUCCUUUCCAACCAUCGUUACUGCCCAGAACGAAAGGUGGACCUGUAAUUCCUAGUAAACUUCCUCCAAGGAAGGCAAGACUGGUUGUUUACAAUAAAAAGUCAAAUGAGACGAGCAUAUGGGUUGUUGUACUAUCAGAAGUUCAUGCUGUGACUCGAGGUGGCCACCACAGGGGCAAGGUUAUUUCAUCCAAAGUCGUGCCAAGUGUACAGCCCCCUAUGGAUGCUGAGGAAUAUGCCGAAUGUGAAGCCAUUGUAAAAGAUUUCCCACCAUUUCGGGAGGCAAUGAGGAGGAGAGGAAUUGAGGACAUGGAUCUUGUGAUGGUUGAUCCCUGGUGUGUUGGUUAUCACAGUGAAGCUGAUGCGCCUAACCGCAGACUUGCUAAACCACUUAUCUUCUGUAGAACUGAGAGUGACAGCCCUAUGGAAAAUGGUUAUGCUCGUCCAGUUGAAGGAAUUUAUGUUCUAGUUGACAUGCAAAAUAUGGUGGUUGUUGAGUUUCAGGACUACAAACUUGUUCCUCUACCGCCAGCUGAUCCUUUGAGAAAUUAUACUGCCGGUGAAACACGGGGAGGUGUUGAUCGAAGUGAUGUGAAACCUCUACAUAUUAUUCAGCCUGAGGGUCCGAGUUUCCGUGUUGACGGGCACUUUGUUCAAUGGCAAAAGUGGAAUUUUCGUAUUGGUUUCACUUCUAGGGAGGGUUUGGUUAUUUAUUCUAUUGCAUAUGUCGAUGGUAGCCGAGGUCGGAGACCUGUGGCUCACAGGUUAAGCUUUGUUGAGAUGGUGGUCCCUUAUGGGGAUCCACAUGAUCCACAUUACCGGAAGAAUGCAUUCGAUGCAGGUGAAGAUGGGCUUGGUAAAAAUGCUCAUUCUCUUAAAAAGGGCUGUGAUUGUUUAGGCUAUGUCAAGUACUUUGAUGCACAUUUUACAAAUUUCACGGGAGGUGUUGAAACGACUGAAAAUUGUGUUUGCUUGCAUGAAGAGGAUCAUGGAAUCUUGUGGAAGCAUCAAGAUUGGAGAUCAGGACUAGCCGAAGUACGGAGAUCAAGACGGCUGACAGUGUCUUUUAUAUGCACAGUGGCUAACUAUGAGUACGGAUUCUUCUGGCAUUUUUAUCAGGAUGGGAAAAUUGAAGCUGAGGUUAAGCUCACAGGAAUACUAAGCUUGGGAGCUCUACAACCUGGGGAAGUUCGAAAAUAUGGGACCACUAUUGCACCUGGCUUAUAUGCACCAGUCCACCAACACUUCUUUGUUGCCCGUAUGGACAUGGCUGUAGAUUGUAAGCCUGGUGAAGCGUAUAAUCAGGUUGUUGAAGUGAAUGUUAAAGUUGAGGAACCGGGGGAGAAUAAUCCACACAGCAAUGCAUUUUAUGUUGAAGAGAAAUUGCUCAAAUCUGAACAGGAAGCAAUGCGUGAUUGCAAUCCUUUAACUGCGCGACAGUGGAUUAUCAGAAAUACAAGAACUGUCAACCGGACUGGGCAAUUAACAGGUUACAAGCUAGUACCUGGGUCGAAUUGUUUGCCAUUAGCUGGCACUGAGGCAAAAUUUUUGAGAAGAGCUGCUUUUCUGAAUCAUAAUCUUUGGGUCACACCUUAUGCACGUGAUGAGAUGUUUCCAGGAGGAGAGUUUCCUAAUCAAAAUCCACGCGUUAGAGAGGGAUUGGCUACUUGGGUUAAGCAGAACCGCCCACUGGAAGAAACUGACAUAGUUCUUUGGUAUGUUUUUGGAAUUACACAUGUUCCUCGACUGGAAGACUGGCCGGUCAUGCCAGUGGAACGCAUUGGUUUCAUGCUCAUGCCACAUGGAUUCUUCAAUUGCUCACCGGCGGUGGAUGUCCCUCCCAGCUCAUGUGAUUCACAUCUGAAGGAAAAUGGGAUGGUCACAAAGUCAUACCAGAAUGGGUUGAUUGCAAAGCUUUGA